AUGCCACCCCGCCUGAUUUCCCAAGAGGGUCGGCAGACCCAUUUCGUGAUCUGGACACUUGCAGUUCUGUGCGCCAUCCUUACGAUAGCUGUUAUCGUCGCAGGCAUAGCAGUGUUUGUAGUGUACAUGGUCUACCAACCAAAGAUGCCCUACAUCAGGGUGGCCUAUGCACAUCUCGACGAGCUCCUCUAUGAUCAAUUAGGGUUGCUCGAGAUAGACAUAACCCUAAAUUUGGAGGCAGUGAAUGAUAACAACAAGGCCCACACCAGCUUCUCCGCCCUGAGCUUCCUUCUCCAGUUCCAUGACAUUGAUGUUGCAGUGCUGAAGUCCAACUCGCUCGAGGUUCCUAAGAACAGCUCCCGCCCGCUCAAUUAUCACUUUCACUCGUCGCCAAUACCACUGGACCAGGAUGCAAAGGAGGCCAUGGACAAGGCGUUGAGGCGGGGAAUCGUGCCAUUUGAUCUCAGAGGGCAUGCAAAAACCAGGUGGAAGGUGGGCAUCUUUGUCUCCGUGAGGUUCUGGACACACACCUCGUGCCGACUCCAUUUCUUCCAGACAAAUGGCAGUACAGUUGAGUCAGGUUGCAGCACCACAUCCCAUUGA